UAUGGAGCCUGCAGCGGACUGUCGCAGUGUGACAGACAGUGUCGGAAGUCAUAGUGACCUGUCUGUGCACACUGCAUCGACAGCACAGACACAGUUGCAGCGUCCACGUAUGGAUGUUGUUUGUGUAAUUGACUUGCAUCAACCAGACUAUCUGGCUCAUAGAAAGAGAGCUCUAGAAGAAGUCCGCCAAGCGUGUGCUCUAGUUAAUGCUGCUAUGAACCAUAUACAGUUUGAAAAACUGGAUUUUGGUGAAACAAAUGUGUUGGAUACAUUUUAUAAUGCUGAUGUGGCAGUCGUGGAUCUGUCAGUACAGAUUCAGCAGAGUUCUCUCUUCUAUCAUUUGGGAGUCCGUGAAAGCUUUGGGAUGAAGGAGAAUAUAUUACUAUAUAAUGACUUCGAUACAGAGGCAACUUUAAGACUGAAGAUAUCAUGUGGCAGCUAUACCUUUGUGUCGUAUCGACUUCUUGACUGUGGGACGUGCGUUACAACAAAUCCUGCAGCUGCAAGACUUACAGGAGAAGAAGGCUCUCUGGAUCCUAAACAACAUUUAACAAUCAAACUGAAAAAGUUACUCCAAGAUGUAGAAAUUCAGUCAAAAGCACACAUGAAGGAGAAGUUUUUAGCUGACUUGCGUAAAGCGAGAGAAACAUAUACGGGAGAGGAAUUAGCAAGAGUGCUUCAUAAUAUGAGGAAAAGACUUGAUGAUCCCAAUGUGCUCUCUGGUGAAGUGCUGCUGAAUGUGUUAAUAUCAUUUAGAGAAAUUCAAGAUUAUGAUGCCAUGGUGCAACUUGUUGACGACUUGCGAACUGUACCAAAUAAGAGGAAUUAUAUAACUACUUCAGCAAUAGGAUACCUAUAUGCAUUUGCACUGAACAGGCGCAAUAAAGAAGGCGACAGAGAACGAGCUCUCAGAGUGAUUGAGAAAGCUUUGGAAAAGAAGGAAAAUCAUGUACCUGAUAUAGUUUGUCUUUGUGGUAGGAUAUACAAAGACAAGUUUGUUGAAUCUCAGCAUCAAGAUAAAGAUAGUUUAAUGAAUGCUAUUCAUUGGUAUAGAAAAGGAUUUGAAGUGCAACCGAAUGAAUAUGCUGGCAUUAAUUUAGCAACAUUGCUUGUUAUAGCUGGUAAUGAGUUUUCAAAAUCAGAAGAGCUGCAGCAUAUAGGUAUGGUCCUCAACAAUUUAAUUGGUAAAAAGGGUAGCCUGUCAUCAUUACAAGACUACUGGGAUGUUGCCACUUUCUUCGAAAUUAGUGUUUUAGCAGAAGAUUACUCAAAAGCUAUCCAAGCAGCAGAAUGCAUGUUCAAGUUAAAGCCACCAAACUGGCACGUUAAAUCUACGAUAGGAAACAUCUCUCUCAUAGACAGGUUCAGAAAGAAAAAUGAAGAUGCAGAAAUUUCUCCUGAGGAACAAGUAUUUGGAUUUUGGAUGGAAUACUUCGUGGAAUCAACAAAAACAGAAGUGGGAGAUAGCAUAAGAUUUCCUAUGCUUGUUUUGGAGCCAGAUAAGGUAUUCAUGCCAAGUUAUGUAACUGUGAAUCUUGGAGCAGAAGAAAAGUCAAUUGAGAUAUGGAACAUGUGUCUGGAUAGCAUGAAGGGAAAAUGUCGAAAGGUGCACAAAUGGCUUUUUGCAGCUAGUCAGAUUAGAAGUGUUAGUUUAUACAAGAGAGAUGAGCGCUGCCUGUUCCUGUAUGUACACCAAAACUCUGAUGACUUUCAAAUGUACUUUCCAUCAGUCCAGUGUCGUCAAAGGUUUUUUGAUUUGGUGAAAGAGAUGACAGGGGACCAAGAAGGAAUGGUUAUGGACCUGGAUGCUCAGCAGGCAGAGGAUCAGAUAAAAUAUGAAUAUGAGCAAGAUGAACAAGGAAAAAGAAUUGUGUUAGGAAAGGGCACUUUUGGAGUUGUGUUUGCUGCCAGAGAUCUAAUAACCCAAGUAAGAAUAGCAGUGAAAGAAAUUCCAGAGAAAAAUAAAGGAGAUGUUCAGCCAUUGCAUGAAGAAAUAAAGCUACACUCUGAGUUGAGACACAGAAACAUUGUGCAGUAUUUGGGUUCAGUGUCAGAAGAUGGUUACUUCAAGAUUUUCAUGGAGCAAGUACCAGGGGGAAGCCUGUCUGCCUUGCUGAGCUCCAAGUGGGGACCACUGAAAGAAAAUGAAUCUACUAUUGUUUAUUACACAAAACAAAUCUUAGAAGGCCUUAAGUACCUCCAUGAUCAGAAAAUUGUUCAUAGGGAUAUAAAAGGCGACAAUGUCUUAGUGAACACAUAUAGUGGGGUUGUGAAGAUAUCCGAUUUUGGAACCUCAAAACGCCUUGCUGGAUUGGCAUCUAGUACAGAAACAUUUGCAGGAACUCUGCAGUAUAUGGCACCUGAAGUUAUUGAUAAGGGGCAGAGGGGAUAUGGUGCUCCUGCAGACAUAUGGUCACUGGGGUGCACCAUAGUGGAAAUGGCAACUGGAAAGCCACCAUUCAUUGAACUUGGUUCUCCACAGGCAGCCGUAUUUAAGGUAGGCUAUUACAAGAUUCAUCCUGAAAUCCCUCCUGAAUUAUCAGAAAAAGCAAAGAAUUUUAUUUUAUGUUGUUUUGAACCUGAUCCUGAGAAAAGAGCUACAGCAGCAGAUUUGCUGGAACAUCCCUUCCUCACAGAUAAAAAGAAGAGCUCUCGACUUAGUACUCCUCAAGAGUUCAGUCGGAGCAUUUCAGUACCAGCAGACAGAGUAACAGUUAAAAUUGAUAAAGGUGCAAGUAGUCACAACAGCACUCAUGGUCAGACAUCACCUGAGGACGGUGGCUUCAAUACUAAGUCGAACCCUGUGAAAUCAAGGGGACCUUCACUGCUCUCCCCAAUCAGCAUGCCUGCAGCUCUGUCUUUCUCCAGUCUCAGUACACCCACAUAUGAGACAGAUCAAGAGAGUGGUGUAAAUAUGACACGACGAAGUUCAUCAGGUGGCUUACUUUCCCCAGAAGUUGACAUACCUACACCUAAAGGAGGUGGAGUUUUGGGAUUGGGAGAGGCCUCAGAACAAGAUGGAUUUUAUUUGUUGAAGAAAGAUUCCCAGAGACGCAUGACUCUGUCAAGAGUUAUCAGCCAAGAUGAGCAAAAGAUCUGUGAGGUGUGGAUGCAGAACAUACAAAGGGAACUGUUAGCAACAGUUCUUUCCACAACACAUCUGGUGGCAAUGAUUCGCAGCCUGAGAAACUAUAUAUCAGAUCAAAACAAAGAAUCACUUGAAAACGCAAUACAUACAUUGAAAGAAGAGCUGGAUUUUGAUGCAGAUGCUAUUAACCAGCUGCAUUUCUCAUUGUACCUCAUCCAAGAUGCUGUGAAUGUGGUGUUAAGACUUCAUAGUAUCAAGCCUCACUGGAUGUUUGCGUUAGACAAUCUUGUACGUAAUGCUGUUCAAGCAGCUAUAACAGUCAUGUCACCAGAGCUGGGUGCCAACUUGGCAGGUCAGGAUAAUCGUGAACAAAGUGUACCUGAUGGACCUGAUGGAAGCUCCACAUCUGGCAUGUCAACCGUCAACUCGGUGAAAUCACAGAAAACUGUCGACAGCCUCUCCAAUUCAGCCAAGUUCCGCCUGGAGUACCGAGAGCAGCUUGGUGUCCUGCGCUCAGAAAACUUGAGAUUACUGCAAGAAUUAGUGGACAGCCAGAAAUCCUACCAGACACUGUUGCGGCAGGCCUUAGAAGAUCAUCGUUUGCAGUUGGCAUUACUCUCUCAGACUGUGCAGCAGCUGAACCUUGUGUCAUCAUGCACUUGCCAAUCACAUGCAGAUACAGGUUAUGGAUCACAUAGAUCAGUGAGCUCAAAUGACGCUGCAAGCUCCCCUGCAGGUCUGCUUCCACAGAUCAGUGUGACCGAUAGCUCAGCUGACUCACGAUUGAUUGAAUGGUUGCAGAACUUGAAACUAGACCAGUCCACUAUUGACAGGUUCCUGUUUGAAGAAUACUGUUUAGAUGAUGUUUUACUGUACAUCACACGUGCCGAUCUUCGCAAAUUGUGCUUAAGAGGUGGUGUCGAGUUGAGAGUAUGGAAAGCAAUUCUCAAAUGGAGGCGUGAGCACCGAGCUAACUUAAGUGCUGAGCGAUCUGACAGUGCAACCAGAACCCACCGCUCACCAAGUAAGAUAGAUGGUGGCGAUUCAAACCCUUUUGACAGGACUUGUAGUGAAAGUACAGAUACCACAGACUGAUUUUUGUUUCCAUAUAUUCUGUACUAAUAGACACCUAAUCUAUAGCUGCACUUAAGGCACUGGAAUCGUACCUGUUAAUUUCUGUAAAUGUAGUGGCUUUGUUGUAAAAUGACACAUUGUGCAGGAUUUUUCACUUCCCAUGGAAGUUGGAGUAUGAAGAUUUACAUUUUAACUGGCAAAAUUGCUUCCACAUUGUGAUAUUCAUCUGUUGACACGUUGUACCUUAAUCUGUGAUACCAUACAGUAUCGUUGCUUUGCAGUUUCUAUCAACAUAUUGGAAAAAGAAGUGUGUGUGUGUGUGUGUGUGUGUGUGUGUGUGUGUGUGUGUUUUUGUGUUGUUAUAGGAAGUAUGAGUAAAGAGAUUUAUCUCACGUUAUGACAUCACAUUAUAUUACUUUGUCAUUUUUAAAAUUAGUUAUUUAUUUUCUGUUGUGUUCUGUGCAGCGGAAUACUUUCCUUUCCAUUGCAAAGAUAAUAUUUGCAUCAUAGAUCUGAUACUUUUAUGAUACAUGAAAGUCACUCUCCCUAUUAAUCUAUCUUUCAUUCUUUUCACCUCUGCCUGUCCCCCCUCUCAACUGAUGUGUUUGUUGUGCAUGAGAGGGAGGGGGGGGAGAGAGAGAGAGAGAGAGAGAGAGAGAGAGAGAGAGAGAGUAGGAGGGGAGGGAAUUAGAAUCAUGUCUAGAGCUAAAUUUAAAGUUUAAAGCUUUUAUUUGGAAUGUCAGUGACUUUCUCUGCUGAUACACUUUGUUGCAAUUCUGUAAAUUAAAUUUUUGCUAAAAGCAUUCUUCUGAAACAUUUGUUUCUGAAACAUUUGUGUGAACGCUUAGUACUGGAGCAAGCAUGAAUUAUAAAUGCAGCCAGUAAAACUUAAGGAUGGAUUCUAUUUAUUAUUAUGUAUAUAUAUAUAUACAUAAUGUUUAGAUAAAACUGAAAUGUGAUGUGUUCAAAAAGAGACACAUAUGCAGCUGUAGUAAAGCUACAAUGGUUCUAUACUAGUUAGGAUUAAAAUUUGAUAAUCAUUUCAUGGCUACGCAUGACUGUUUCUGUGUAAAGCUGUUCACUUGGAAUGGUGUUAAUUCGACUUUUACUUUCCUUUUUGUUGAUUUAUAUUUUUUGCAUGUAACUCUUUAUUGUUAUAGUAAUAAGACAAUAACUGUAUGUGUUGAUCUUCCUAUGACAUCAUCCAUUUUUGUUACCAAUGGAAAUGUAGUGUCUCCAUGAGACCAACAAAAUAUGUGUGACAUCUUUUAGUAUAAUCUCUAUGCCUUCAGUUAAAUGAAGUGUGAAUAUUUUGUACCAUUGCGCUGGAAAUCUGUUAGAUCUUUUGUCUGCAACAAAAAAGUCUCACUUGUGUUAUUAGUAAGCAUACCAGAAGCAGAAACAGGAGAGUACGUGUCUGUGGAUGGGUGUUUAGAAAGUGAUGAUAUUUUUUGUAGUCUCUACAUGACAAUAUGGCUGAGCAUUUAUAGGAAGUUCCUCACAGAAACUGGUGCUAUCUGUGUAUUACUGUAUACAAGACUUGUAUGAAUUUCUUCUGUAAAUUUAACUGAUGGUGCGAUGGUCAUUUUAUCAUAUGUGUACUGGGUUGAGAGUAUUAAAACCAUAAUUUCAUAGGUGUUGUGUUGGAGGGUGAAGUUCUCAAAAGUUAAAUAAUAAUGCCAGUAGUUUAGGGAAGGGAAUAGGGGAGGGGGGGGGGGAAUUGAUAAGGAAGUCACACAUCCCUUUGGGAAUAGCCUUGAAGCAAGUGGAGUUCUGGGUAGGUGGCCAGAUAAAUAGUCAGUCACAAAAAUAUUUGGAAUUCAACUCUGGUGCCAGGAACUAUAUCUGUAGAUGCAGAUACAGAGAUCCACAGUAAUGAUAGCAGACACGUAUAAGCAAAGUGAAAUGCCAAGAAAAGAUGAGGGGAUGAAUAAAAAUAAGAGAGAGACUUCUUCCUAGGUUAUAUUGCUCAUCAGUAUUGUUCUGCACAACAAAUCUCUGAGUGCAUAUGCUGUGUGUAUUUGUUGCUGCUGUGAUUAUGAAUCUAAAAAAAGGGACAAAUUUGCCCAAUUUCUGUGACCAAAAAAUACCAUGUAAAGUAUCAUCUGCGCUGCCAUUGUUGUGCGGUACGCAAAGUACUGUCGCAAACAUCUUUCACAGAUGUCUUCAAGACUGCUGCUUAGAGAAGCAAUUGCAACUCCGAUUAGAUAUAAUGUAGUCUUGUGAAUAUAAUGUAGUCUUGUGAAGGCAGUAAAUUUCUGUUUACGACUUCUGCUCCUUGCAAAAACCCUCAAAAAGAGGCAAUAUAAAAAGGCAUGUAUAUCUUCCCUGAAGCUGUUUAUGAGGAAGUAGUCCACUAUACCGUUGCGUAUUAUUUUUGUUUAUUAUUAACAACAAAAUACAGGUCAUGUAGGCUUUCGUGGUAUUAAUAUUUCACUACUCUCUGCAUUUCGUAGUGUUCACCAUACAGAGUGGUUGCCUUAGCUUCUGAGAUCUGCACCUUUCAGACGUUCUGUGACACAUCCUCUCAGAAUGCUACCCAGUUUUCAACUGUUCUGCACAUCUGCCUCCACAGAUCACUAGCAACCAAAGAGAUGAUUCUUUUUCUGGAUACCUUGCAGUGACUUACACUUCAUGGCAAUAAAUACUCUUGUCCGUACUGUGAGGUGUCCAUAUUUCAAUGUUGAAAAAAUUUUAUUCAUUGUUGUCCAUGAUAAUACUGUUUAGCAUGAAGGAAGAUGUGACUUCUGAGCUCUUCAGUAGUUGUGUACUCACCUGACGAUGGCCGGACGUCUCUGGGCCGAAAUAUCGUGGCAGAAUGUCGAUGGGAUCCGGCUGCAUACCCGGAAAUUAUUAGAAGAUGGAGGAAGAUGUCUGCUGCUUUUCAGUAAUUCUGUGUAAUUAGACACCAAUUUAUACAAACUUAGCUACAUCUACUCCUGGCAUACACCCUCCAAGCCGCCUGCCCCCUCACAUUUUUUCUAAAAUAAAUCUGCUCUCUUAACUGGCAAAUGAAAAGUGUACACUCUGUAGAUUAAUCAGUUUCUGCAAAAAACAAAAAGAAAAAUCUGUAACUGAAUAUUGAGUGUGUCCUUUGCAUUACAUGGUCUUGCACACUUCACAUUUUUUUAGUGGAGUUCAAUAAUUCUUUAUUCAGAAACCAAACGUGCUUCCUGCCCUGACACACAGGCUUAUCAAUUCAAUGUCAGUCUGAAGAAAGGCAGAAAAUAUAAUGAAUACUGAUCAGCAGCAAGAACAGAUCCCGAUUGCGCUCUUAUCUGUAUGUGUGUCUGUGUUAAAAUGUGUUAAGCGCCUUCCAUCUGUGGAGUAAAUAGUUCUUUGUAUUUGUUUACAUUGUGGAUCUUUCAUUAGUGUAAUAAUUAUUUACUGUAGCUACUCAUGAUUUUCCUUUACAUGAGACAAUAAUUUGAAUUUCCUGUUGAGUGAAUCUCCCUGUAAACAAGCUAAUAAUAAUUUGUUCUCAAUAAAAAGUAAAUAAAUGUAUUAUUAGCAACCCAGAAAACUUGGUAAAUGACAAGCACUGAUGUUUAAUUGCUUGUGAUUACAUUAAAGCAUCACAGCAUUUCGGGUAUUUGAUCAUGCUUAUAAAAUAAUCUCAUACUAAUUGUUCUUUUUGACUGUGUCAACAUUUAUGCCCUCUUUCCUUUAUUUUAUUGUUUGUGGAAGACUGUAUGCCACAGAUCUGUAAUGACAACCGUCUAAAGACUGAAGAAAAUAAAACUUCUAUUCACCAAGUGGCAUAGCAUAAUGCAGACUGUUACUCUUUUGUUACUUAUUAAUCCUAUCUUGUUUCUGUUUUGAUUCUGAAGUAAUUUUAGAAGCAUUUUUUGUGAUAAACUAGUUAUUACCACAGUGCAUACAGUACAGUCUGAAUUGCACACAGUAUAACAUGCGUAGCAGCAAGUAAUGCUGCAUGAUUCAUUCAAUUUGUAAUACCACUUUUCUAUAAUUUUUUUUAUCUUAAACACUGUUAUUGUCUACAUAAAAAGAAAAAGUACUUUAUAGAAAUGAGAUAACUGAAAUCUUUUUGAUGUGUGUCAUUACUAGCAUGCGAAAUGACUGCAUUGUACAAUGGCUGCAGAGUUGGUUGAGCACUGUUGUUUUUGUUAACUUAGAAAACAAAGGGGUGGGCGGGGGAGACAGAUGGACAGAGAAAAGAGCUAUAUAUUUGAAUGCUGCACUGCCUUGUCUUUUUAAAUACAGAUGCUCACCAUUGGUGAAGAGACAUCCAUCAAAAUUAAUAAGAUAAUCCAGCAGAAAUGCUUUAAUUAGAAAAUGACUUACGUGUUACUUUUUUAUGUCAAAGGACAUUCAUUCAUCUGAUACAGAAAAAUAGUUGAUUCUCAUUUCCCUUACAUCAUAUUUAUAAAUUCUGUUUGGAUUUGAGUUUAAAUAAUCUGUUACUACUGCAGCCUGCUGAUCUUUGUAUAUAGUUUACUUAAAUUACUUUGGUGCAACAAUGCCCAAAUGUCAUGUGGGUUUGUCAUUUACAUCUUCCUAUUUCUUAUGAAUUAAAAUGAUAUAGUAACUUGUUUUGUAAUUUAGACUGAAAUUGUAAAAUUGUAUGUCUGCUUGAAUUACUUUGGUGCUACAGUGUCGUGCAAGAGCUUGUCAUUUAUAUAAGAGCAUUUUUAUUUGGUGUAUCAGACGACAUAUACACAGUUUCAGGAUUAAAUCUUCUUUCAGUCCUAGGUUUCUUUUCCUCUGUUACAUAGCACAUAUUUUGCCUCUGGUAGUAAUUUGUAUAUGUGGAAAAUGCCUAGUUGGACCAUGACUGGAAGUCAAUUUCAAACUGUAAGUCUCUCUAUAACAGGGAGUCAAUUCAAAGAUCAUAGGAAAGCAAGUGCAUAUCAUUCCCAAUACGAUCAUGUGUAGUAAAGCACUGUGGUGUUCAUACCUAGCUUUGGUAUGAAGACAGCUUUACCUUACAUUUAGUUACCAAUAUAUUUAAUUUAGAAUGUAAAAAUCUGACAAUAAUGGGAAAGCUCUUUUGCUAAAUGCCAAUGUUUCAAUUUUGCCACCUUGUCAAAAAUUUCAUCAUGAACAAAUUAACUUAUCCUGUAUACAGUUUAAUUAUGGGAAUAACAUCAUUAAUCCUGCCUUCUGCUUAAAUUUCUUAGAUUGACUGAAGUGUAAACUUUGCUCUAUUAAGGCACAGUAUGAGGCUGUAAAUUAUAAUUAGAGACUACAGGGGAUGAUCUAAAAUUCUCAUUCAGCACAACUAACAAUUUGCAGAAUGUUCUUUGACACAAGUAUAGUCUCAAUGGUGUUGUAGUUCAGACAUUUCUAAGGUCAUUGGAAUUGUGCUAAAUCUGUAUGUUGGCUGUAAUUUUGCAAGAAUCUGCUUUUUCUUUCAAGCAGCUUCUUUAAUGUAAUGGUUGAGGACCUGUCAAAAAAGGGUGGGUGGGGGGUGGGAGGCAGCUAUCCAAGUCAAGUGUAGUUGGUGCUUAAAUAAACUACUUAUGGUAAAAAAACAAUCUAGGACAUUGAUUGUAAGUAAUAGUUUGCAUGUCGUUACCUUUUUUGGAAAAUAUUACUCCUGCUGGUUCUUCAGUACCUCCUCACAUUAAAUGUUCUACCAACUUUUUUGGCAAACUCAUAAAAAAAUAACAAGUUUCCUCUGAAGGAAGCAUUGUUCUUUUUCAUUUAUUGUUUGUAGAUAAAAGAACUAAUUGGUUAAUCAUUACAUGUAAUUUAAUGUUACUACUCUUAGAAACAGUGCCCGGGUAUGGUAUUAUGAAUAUCUGAAGAGCCAUUUACAAAUUAGCAUUCCAUAGAAUGUGUAAAUUACUUACAGUUCUCUUCUGUUACAUAUCUUCAGAGGCCUUAGGUCACUCAAUUCUUAAAAACGUGCUUGAAACCCUGCUGUUCAUUUGCUUUUUGUGAGUGGGGUCCUGUUGGUUAAUCCCCGUGUCUUCAGCAUUCGUUUCAUAUUCAUGGAUUUGGGACAUAAGUCCACUACAGUUGUGUUAUUGUCAACAUUAUAACUUUCAGCUUCUGGGAACCAUUAAAUUUAUUACUCACACUUCACAAAGAAGAACUAACGUAGCCAGUGUACGCACAUAGUCAGACACCGUUUGUUGCAAGACGGAGACACAGCAUAACACUCAUGAGGGUAGAGAAAUAAUUGUUGUCUAGAUGAUCUGGCAGUACUUCUCUAAUUCUUUGUAGCAUUCAGCUAAAUUCAGUUUUAAUAUUCUUGACAGGGCAAGAAUCUCUCAUUUCAUUUAUGCUAUAUGUGCAGUGGAACAUAGAUAUUGUCUUUCUUAACACAUGAUGAAAAUAUGUAUUGUAAGUACUAACAUUAUUCUUUGACCUCACUUCAUUACUGAAUAAAUUUCUUUUACACUGUUUAACUGAUCUGACAUUAACAAUAAAGUAAUGUAACUUUGAAAUACACUGCUGUUCAAUUAAAAAUUUAAUUACAAUUGAGCUUAUUUUCAAUAACUGGCAACAAGAAAGUGCCUGCAAGUUGCUAAGAAUAAAGUAACCAACUGGUCAAGAUUGUUAAUCUUAUUUUUUUACUAAAACAAUUUGCUCUCCUGAUGGACAAAACUGGUAGGCACUGUUUCUGGAGAUGAACAUGUACAUAUUGACUUUCAAGCUGAUCAAUAUUCAUUUGUGUUUUUAUUGCCUUCAAUAAUGACACAUUUUUAUCUCAAGAUGGUUACAGGAGCUCCAAUUGCCAAUUACCUAAUUUUAAGAGAUUGAAAACUGACAUGGGUUUUCUAUUAUUGUUAAUGUUUAGAACAUAAUCAGAAUAUUGAAAGUUAAAAAUGUAUUGUCUGUUUCAGUUCAUAAUUUCUUGACAGAUGUUCAUUGUAUAUAAAAAUGUCAAUACGUUGAAAUAGUGCCUUAACUGAUGAACUUGAAUAUUUGUUACAUGCGCUGUUCAAUAGAAUGUUUUUUUAAAGAUAUUUUUAAUACGCUGUAAUCAUGUUACUUUGCACUGCCACUGAAUUGUUGUCACAAUAAAAUGUAAUUGUUAUCUCUUUUUACA